CACCUUCUUCUUCUUCUUCUUCCUCUUCAUCAAUCUUAACUGCCAGUUCCAUCAAAGACCUCAUCUGGUCGGUGUCCUCGCGACUCACCCGCGCUUUCCCUUCUCAACUGUCCGUCUAUCUCGGCUCCCAUCAAUAGAUGGCGCUCUCUCUUUAUCCCCUCCGUCGUCAUUCUCACGCAUAUACUAUUGCCCUUUCGCAACCUAUUCGCAGAGCCAGUAGGAAUUGAAUGCACUUUUCAAAUACGUUUUUCGAAUCAUACAUCAUAAACUCAAUAUCUUCCCCAAUCCAAGCCCAAUCCAAUUACGAGAACAAAGCAAACAAACAAACCCAAUAUGGCCAUCGAGAUCCUUCCCCUCACAAAAGAGGACAUCCCCUCGGCCGUAGCAUGCAUACAGAAAGCGUUCGCCGACGACCCGUACUUUCACUGGGUAUUCAACAAUAAAUCCGGGUUCAACAUUCACCGCAACGCUGCCUCUCUUGCUGCACACUUCCUCUACGGCCUUUCCUGCAACGAGCCUAUUUUCGUGGCCAAAUACACCACCAACACCCCCAGAGACAAGAUUCCCACCGAUUCCCCCGUCGUCGGAGUCUGCUGGUGGUACAGCCCGCAACCCCCGUCCGAGCCUGUCCCCUGGUCCGUCUGGGCGCAAGACUGGAUCCUCUCCUUCCGCCAGCUGUACAAUAACAUCCGAUUCGGCGGCCGAGGUGGCCUUAAUGUCCGCCGUUACUGGCUCUGGAAAGCCCGACAACAGGAGACUCACGACAGAGUUUGGACUGAUCCCCGCGGCUACUACUUCUGCAAUGUGAUCGCGGUCGACUCCUCAAUGCGAGGAAUGGGGCUGGGUCGGAAAUUGGUCGAGGUAGUUAGUCAACAAGCUGACCGAGAGGGCAUGCCUUGCUACUUGGAAAGUUCCAAGGGAUUCCCGAACCUGAUAAUCUAUGAGAAAUUGGGGUUCGAGAUGGUCAGUGAGAUUGAGUGUGUCGACGGCAAGGACAAAUGCAAACUGUAUUGUAUGAUCCGUCAGCCAAAGAUAAAGGCGUAGAUGGGAUCGUAGAUGUAUCCCCUACUAUCCAAAUAGCAUGCAACAUCCAUGUCUACUACUACCAUUUUCUACAGUGAAAGGCGUUCAACUCCCAACUAUAUCGACGCUAUUUGACUAGAAUAUCUAACGUGGAGGGGGGAGGGAGAGAAGGUGGCAGACAUGGUUUCCAAAGUUCAGACUACCAAGGAUAUGAAGCGAGUGACAGAUACUUUUGUCUGGCUUGAGAUGGUGGAAAGUCACCAUCCAUCUGCUUGGAUGACUGGCUCCAAAGCAUAUUUACCCUGAGCCAAGUUGGUACUUAAGAGUAAGAUACAUCAUAGGAAAUCCUUCGAUAUAAAUGGAUUUGUUAUGAUUUAGUUAAAGUUUAUCUUAUCUGUAAAGUGUGGCUUCCGAAUCAGGUCAACUUCAAUUCAG